GAAUUGAAUAUUCCUCCAUUAGCCCUUCACGCACCUACGCAGCACACCCUCUCUGUUCUGUUUUGGCGACGAGACGAGACAACCUUUCAGAGAUCUCAAAGGGUCCUUUUAUCAUCAUCUCACAAUGCCCUAACCCCUUCGACGUUUCCUAAGAUCUUCUUAUAAGCCAAAUUGUCUCUUGCCCAUUUUUACCCACUUCGUCUUCUGCCAAACCCAUCUUCGGUUUCUGUCUCCUUCCCCUGAAUCUGUCUCCUUUUGAUCCGUCUGUGUCCGGAAACACGGUAAAAAUGGCGUCUUUGGCUCCCUCGGCGAGUUGCCGAUCCUAUCCUUCCGGCAAUUCGGCUUCUUCUUUCUUGUCGAAUUGUUCUUCGCCGAUCAAACAAUAUCGGUGCUUGUCGUUCUCGUCUUCUCUCAGUCAUGUGUUGCGUCUCGAUGAGCUCCGUGUUAGAUCGCGGAAAAAUUCCGGUGGGUGUGCUGUCGUCAUGCAAGAUGUGGUUACUAAAUCAAGCCCGGCAGAAGUUAAAACUGCUCUGAAAGGAUUGAGAGAUGGGUUAUUAUCGAUUCCAUCUGAAGAAUCAGUAAAGGUUUCGGCAGAUUCCGAUGAUAAAAAUCACUCAACCGUUAGCAUCACGGUGGUCGGAGCCUCGGGUGAUCUUGCCAAGAAGAAGAUAUUCCCCGCCCUUUUCGCGCUUCAUUACGAAGACUGUCUUCCCGAGCAUUUUACGAUAUACGGCUAUGCUCGGAGCAAGAUGACAGAUGCAGAACUUAGGAGCAUGGUCAGCAAAACUCUGACCUGCAGAAUCGAUAAGAGGGAAAACUGCGGCGAAAAGAUGGAAGAGUUUCUCAAGAGAUGUUUCUACCAUUCUGGUCAAUAUGAUUCUCAACAACAUUUCACAGAAUUGGACAAGAAGCUCAAAGAACAUGAGGGUGGAAGAGUUUCGAAUCGGCUGUUUUAUCUAUCAAUACCUCCGAAUAUAUUUGUGGAUGCAGUCAAAUGUGCAAGCUCUUCUGCUUCAUCUAUCAAUGGCUGGACUAGGGUUAUUGUCGAGAAACCCUUUGGUAGAGAUUCCGAAACCUCGGCUGCUUUAACAAAAUCCCUUAAGCAGUACCUGGAAGAAGAUCAGAUUUUUAGGAUAGACCAUUACUUGGGGAAAGAACUAGUCGAGAACUUAUCAGUUCUUCGAUUCUCAAACCUUAUAUUUGAACCGCUGUGGUCGAGGCAGUAUAUAAGGAAUGUACAAUUGAUAUUCUCCGAGGAUUUUGGUACUGAAGGGCGUGGAGGGUACUUUGAUCAUUAUGGAAUUAUAAGGGACAUAAUGCAGAAUCAUCUGCUUCAGAUAUUAGCUCUCUUUGCCAUGGAAACGCCUGUUAGUUUGGACGCGGAAGAUAUUAGGAACGAAAAGGUUAAGGUUCUUCGUUCUAUGAGGCCGAUAAGGCUUGAAGAUGUGGUGAUAGGGCAAUACAAGAGCCAUACCAAGGGAGGAGUUACCUAUCCCGGCUAUACCGAUGAUAAAACCGUCCCGAAAGACAGUUUGACACCGACAUUUGCAGCGGCUGCUCUCUUCAUCGACAACCCGAGAUGGGACGGUGUGCCUUUCCUAAUGAAAGCUGGGAAAGCAUUGAACACUAGAGGGGCGGAGAUAAGGGUGCAAUUCAGGCAUGUGCCCGGAAAUUUGUAUAAUCAGAACUUCAGGACUGAUCUCGAUCGGGCUACAAACGAGCUUGUUAUCCGAGUCCAGCCAGAUGAAGCCAUUUAUUUGAAGAUCAACAACAAGGUCCCGGGUUUGGGAAUGAGAUUAGAUCGAAGCAACCUGAAUCUUCUCUAUUCCGCAAGGUAAAGUUACAAAAAAAAAAAAA